CGCAACAUUAGACCCGUCUCCAGAGCGAGGGAAUCGAGUUGCGGCGAUGCUAUAAAUUUCCAUGGACCUUGCUUCCCCAAGUUACGCAAAGCUCUUAACUUCCCGGCGAAUAGCGUCGCAUCGCUUCUGCUUCCUCUCAACGCAAGCUAUUUUCUUCAUCCCUUCGAAGAGAACACUAGGGUUUCCUUGUCUCGGUGUUCGUUGCCGUGCCGGAGUCUCAACCAUGGUUGCGGAGCCUCGAACGGUGGUGAAGGAUCGGAUUGAUCUCACAGAGAACGAGGGGACGAUCUUCCGACGUUUGCUCGACGUGGUGGACCAUUUCAAGCUGAAUACGCAACUCAGAGUUGCUGGGGGCUGGGUCCGAGAUAAGCUUUUGGGAAAAGAUUGUUAUGAUAUUGAUAUAGCGUUGGACAACAUGUUGGGUCGAGAAUUUUGUGAAAAGGUCAAUGAAUAUUUGCACUCCGCUGGUGAAGAACAGCAAGGAAUUGGUGUUAUCCAAUGCAAUCCAGAUCAAUCUAAACACCUGGAAACUGCUAGGAUGCGCAUAUGCAGUACGUGGGUCGAUUUUGUUAACUUGAGAUCUGAAUCUUAUGCUGAGAAUAGCCGUAUCCCUAAAAUGAAGUUUGGAACUGCCAAAGAAGAUGCUUACCGUAGGGAUCUGACUAUCAAUAGUUUAUUCUACAAUAUUAACACCACUUCAGUGGAAGAUUUAACUGGAAGGGGCGUUCAGGAUCUGAAGGAUGGAUAUAUUGUUACUCCCUUACCUCCAAAAGAAACUUUCUUGGAUGACCCCCUUCGUGUUCUACGAGCAAUUCGUUUUGGUGCUAGGUUUAAUUUUAAAUUGAAUGAAGACUUAAAAGAGGCCGCUUCCGAUGAUGAAGUUAGAGAUGCUCUCAUGUGCAAAAUUAGCAGAGAACGCAUCGGUCAUGAAAUUGAUCUGAUGAUUUCUGGAAACCAACCUGUGAGAGCAAUGUUUUAUAUUUGUGAUUUGCAAUUGUUCUAUGCAGUCUUCACAUUGCCGGAGAACGCACAACCUGAGAUUGUUGAAGGUUGUAACAGACUUUGUGUUUCACAUAUAGAUGCAGCAUGGAAUGUACUUCAACUAGUUGGCUGUUCAACAUUCAGCGACGAACAGAGAAGGCUUUAUUUGUAUGGGGCACUUUUUCUUCCUUUGAGGAAUACAGCGUACACAGACACUAAGCCAAAAAAGAUUCCAGUUGCCAACUUUAUCAUCCGAAAUUCUCUGAAGCUUAAAGCUAAUGAUGCUGAAAUGGUGGUGUCUUUACAUGUUGCCGUUGAGAGGUUUAUUUCAUUAUUCCCCUUCAUGGAAUCAGACGGAGAGCCUGUACUAGCUGAAGUCAAUCUCGAUGAUGAAUUCCUUGACAUACCACCAACUUCAAGGAAGCGGGUCUUGGCAGGAUUGCUUCUGCGUGAAAUAAAAAGCUUUUGGCGCGUGGCAUUGUUGAUGUCCACUCUCUUGCGUCCAAUAGAUGAAAUUGUUGGUGAUUCUCUGAACAAGGAAUCAGAAAGAAGAAAAGAAAUUUUCACAAACGUUGAGAGGAUCAUUACUGAUUUGGGCCUUGACAAUGCAUGGGAAGUGAAGCCAUUGCUUGAUGGAAAGGCAAUAAUGGGUGUUCUACAGCUGAAAGGCGGAGGUCCCCUUAUACGGGAAUGGCAACAGAGGAUGAUCAAGUGGCAGCUCGCUCAUCCCAAUGCCACUGCAGAGGAAUGCCUUGAUUGGAUGCAGCAGUCUCAAUCCAAAAGAGCAAAACUUGACUGUUAUGCUUGAAGCCUUUCGGCGUCUAAGCCUCCUCAAAACACCAAGUGUGGGAGAAAUUAUUUUGUUCGGUGUUUGGAUAUGAAGAAUCGUUCGGACUGUGAGUAUAUAUACAGUCUGUAUAAAAAUUAAUAUAUACUGUAAACAGCGUGUACACUCACAAGUUCGAAUAAUUCUUUCCAUCCAGACUCCGCAAGGAAUAAUUUCUCUAACUUUGAGCACUUAUUGCUAAGGUUAGGAUGAUCAUAUUUUAUACAAUUUAUUAGUUCACACAAGAACCAGAUGACUUCAAUUAGUUGAAGAGCCAGGCUAUGUUAUAUUAUACUCUAUAGUUUCAAUGUAGUUAAACGUGAUCAUUUGUGUAAAUUAAGGUUCUUUUUUUGGCUAAUGUAUUGGCAUCUCAUGUGUGAAUUCUCAAUUUUA